AUGGCGAGCCAGUCCAUUGCUUUUCAGUUCUUCUACACCGUUCUCUUUACCCUGUUUUCGGUCGUUGUGUUUGGCCUGACUCUUUUGACGCCCGGUGACCUCAUAUAUCAAGCCUACGCUAGCCACAAACUCGGCAGCAUCUUCGCUAUUAGCGGAGUCUACAUUGUCACUCUCCUUCUGGUGAUCUUGAUAUAUGCGAGUCGAAUCUUCACCAACCGGAGCGUCCUAGCUGGCAUCCCCAAGGCCUGGAUACCGAUAGAAAAUCCUGAUGUAGGAAAGAAUGUUCGUCGACUUGUUGUUGAAGGGUUGACUAGAAGUGCGGUUAUUGCCCAGCAGGCGAGGCCGAGAGACCGAUCAGGCGAGGAUACCAGCAUGCUUGAUCAGGCUUUGAUUAUCCCCUCCAACAUCCCGCCCCCUUGGGGUACGGUGUCUCACCCCGGAUGGACGGCUCCCGACUGCCCUGAUCUUCCAAACCAAGAAUUCGAGCCCGUUAUCAAAGAAUUGCCGCAUUUGAUUGAGGCGAAAGCUGUGUCUCUAGCUCCCACUGACCCUCGUUUUUUGCCGUCAACUCACGAACGCGGCCCUGAUGGAUCGAGAGAGGGUGAUCAUAUUGAUUACAUACCUGACGCGCGGGUCGUGACGCUCUUACAACGACCUUCAUCAAUGUGUCUAAGAGACUACAUGGGUCAUUUAAGUAGCCUAGGCCUGAUUGAUCCUCCACACUUGGCCGACUCAUUCCUAGCCCUUUAUGAGAAGUCCCGUUUUUCACCUAAGCCACUGACCGAAACGCAAUUCCGGACGAUGAUGGGGCUCUUUGCCGAGAUGCUCCGUGGAAUGACUGCGCUAGAUCCAGAAAUCAUUUCACAUGCCCAGCAGAAUACCCCUACAGAUUUAUUUGAUGGUGCGGCCUCUUUCGACGGAGAAUCUGGUGUCAGCACGGACUCGUCGUCCUUUGUGUCUGCCGAACGGGCUGGAAGUAACCCAUAUCGCUACCCAUCAUAUAGCUCGUCAGGAAAGGCAAGCAGCUUUAGGCUGCAGACUACCUCUGAGCGGCAGAGCUUACGAAGUGUUUCUCGUCACAGUCUGGCGCCCUCUACGAGGUCCUUUUGA